CGCCAAGCGACUGCGACCUACUCCUUCGCGUUCAAUGCUGCACGCCGCAGACUCUCCACACAACACUGCCUCACUCCAGGUGGAGAACAGCAUUUUACACGCAACAUAUCCAAAUAUUGAUCAUGUCGUACCAAAGUGAUAUGCGAUGCCACGGAUUCCCAGUCAGCCGAUGGCUAGCGGGUUCACGUUCAUUCAGCACCUCACGGCUAUUCCGCGCGUUCAGUCAUUCUCAGAAUGUGUCAAGCUCGGCCUGGGGUGCUCCAGCUCGAGUUCCUUAUGCGCCUCAGUCUCGUAAUAUUUCUCACCCCUUUCGGGCCUGGCGAUGCUUGCGAACUCUUGCCGCGAGUCAUCGGUUCUGUUCGUUAGCUCUGCAUGCGACACCUUCCAAUCCCGCAGGGUGUAUUCUCACAAGGCCUCAUUGAGGAAUCACCUCUGAACCUUGGCCACGAUUUCGGUAGAUCUACGGCCGCCGUUUGUGCGAUGCGGGUACCAAAGAAUGCUUGGUGAGAGUUCCAAUGCGGUGAGUCUACAUUGUACUGACAUGGGCAUGCUGUUUGCUGUUUGGCUGACACGUCAAAUUCCCUGACUGUGAGGUUGAAAGUAUAUGUAAAGUCCCAGACGCUACCCCUCUUGCAACACUGUACUGCAGACCCUAUUCACAUUGCGCCCCAAGUCUUCGUAACGACACCGUAUCGUGAGUAACUACAUCACAUCUACACGACCCGCCGUGGCGAGCUAGAAAUUACGUCCAUUAUUGCGCUGUAGGUACGCUAUGUCCAACACCGCCCGGGGAUCUUUCUGUACCACCCAGUCACAAUCAGUUCAAGCCAAGUUCACUGUUGAGGAGAUCAAAUACACUUUCGACGGCUCUCUCAAUGGCGACAUCGAAUUCACGGCCGACAAUGCGACGCUGACCUACAACGACAAGGAUCAGCUGACUGGUUACAAAAACUACUACGGCACACUCGAGGGUAAUAUGAUACGCAUCACCUUCGAGAAUGGAGUCACUAUUACCGGGACUCUCGAACAGCCCGUCAACCCUGUCACCGAUGUUAAUGGCGGCGGAACUUGGCUUGUGAACUAGGAGGUGAGUCACUGGUCUUUAUUUACCGAACUGGUGAAUUUAUAUGCGGAAUACUGAUGCCGUUCAGUGUUCCUUCAUUCGCAGGUCACCAUCUUGAGCGUGGUGCUGGUGUCGUGGGGUAGGCAAGAUGUUGUGCCGUGCUAGUGGUACGAUCAAAUCUCCUGACGCUGCUGUAUAUGUACAUUGUACCGUCCAUCCGUAAGAAUGUAGCGCAAUCACCCAUCGUUCUA